AUGAUUUUCAAGAUAAUAAUAAAAGAGUAAAAUCAUAAAGCUAUUUCAGAUUUAAUCAAACAUAAGAUGAAAAUAAAUUCUGCACUCUCUCAAAUUCAAAGUAUGCUGAAGAAAAUUUGGGAAGAAUUAUCAGAAUCAAUCCAAUAGAUAUAAGAUGUAAUUGAAAUGGAAAGGGCAUCAUCCUUAAAUAUCAUUUACAAUAAUAUUAAUUUGGAAGAAGCAACAUUUACUGACUUAGAGACAUUAGUGCAAAUUGUUAAAGCAAAAUCAAUAAAUGAUUGGAUUUCUUAGGAAAAUUCUUAUCUUCCAAAGUUAGAACGGGCAAAGAAUUGGUGGGAAUAAGAAAUUAGGGCUUUUAAAAAACAGUCAAUGGAAAAAAUCAAAAAGAUUUCGCCAUUAAUUAAGUAAGAAUAAAUAUAAUCAAGGAUUCAACCAAUUCAAGAAAAAGAUAAUUUGUAUGAGCUUUUUACUUCGUUAAAAGAUAUUGAUAUGGAAAUACUCAGUAUGAUAAUUGACGUAUUUUAAAAAGAAAAAAUUUCAGAUAGUAUAGAAUUUCUUUCUAAAGCUGAAGAUCAAAAUCAUAAAGAGUAAUACUUCUUAUAAGUUGAAAAUAAUUUAUAACUUUUCUAAAAGCAAAAUAAGUUAAGUGCUGUUUAAAAUAACAUUAAGAAAGUUACUAAUGUUUCUCAAAUAAUUCCACUAACAUGAUUUUAAUAAAAAGAAUUAUUAAACUGAAACAUAUUCAGAAACUAGAAAAAAAAUCAUAAAUAUAGUUUCAAUAGAAAAUAGGAUAAUCGAUUAUUUUCAUUUCUUAUUUACCUAUCAUCUAUGGAUAAUAAGUUCGUACAAUUUGGAUCAAAUUCUCUUAAUUUAUUAGUCGAAAUGAAGGUCGAUUUAACGAAACAAUGUUUUUAAAUAUCAAAAUUCAUAAUACAUCUUUAAUAGGAGCUAAUUUUGUUAAAUGUAAUUUGAGUGGUUCUGAAUUAGAGAAUGUAGAUAUAAGUGGAAUAAACUUGAGUGGAACUUAAUUAUUGAGUUGUAAAUGGAAAAAUAUUAGAAUACAAGAGUUACAUUACUUAAAUGGAAAUGGUGGAGCAAUCUCUUCAGUAUGUUUCUCCCCUGAUUGUACUACAUUAGUUUCGGGCAAUGAUGAUGGGUCUAUCAGUUUAUGGGAUUUUAAGACAGGGCAACCGAAAUCCAAAUUAAUAGGCCACAGUAGAUAGAUUUAUUCGAUAAAUAUCUCUUCUGAUGGCAGCACAUUAGCAUCUGGGAGUGCAGAUAAGUGUAUUAGGUUAUGGGAUGUUAAAGCAAGAAAAAAAAAUCUAAACUAAUUGGCCAUAGUGGUGGAGUCCUAUCUAUAUGCUUCUCUCCUGAUGGAUCAACAUUAACAUCUAGUUUGAUGAUUGGUCAAUCCGUUUAUGAAAUGUUAAGACAGGACAAAAUAAAACUCUCUUAAUUGAUCAGAAUGGAAAAGUCGUAUCCGUAUGCUUUUCUCCUGAUGAUACUACAUUAGUAUCUGGGAGUAAAGACAUGUCUAUGCAAGAAUGGGUAACUCACAUAUUAAUUAGAUGGGCAUUUUGAAGGUGUAUAUUCUGUAUGCUUCUCACCUGAUGGUACACUUUUAGCAUCAGGUGGUGGAGAUGAGUCUAUCCGUUUAUGGGAUAUUAAAACAGGACAACUAAAAUUUACAUUAACUAAUCAUGAAGGUGGUGUGCUUCUCUCCUGAUGGUGCUAUUUUAGCAUCUGGCUUUGCAAACAACUGUAUUUUUUUGUGGAAUGUUAAGACGGGAAUACAAAAAUUUAAACUAGUUGGCCAUUAUGGAAAUGUUACUUCAGUCUGCUUUUCUCCUCUAGGUACUAUAUUGGCAUCAGGUAGUAUGGAUAAUUCUAUUCGUUUAUGGGAUAUUUAGACUGGACAAUAAAUUUACCCCUUGAAUAAUAGUAAUAGCGAUACAAAAGAUAAAUUUUAUGCUUCCCUUCAAAAUCCUCCAUAAAGUGUAGAAGGUAGUAUUGAUUUUAAAUAUUUAGUUAACCAAAUUAUUACUAUUCUUCUAAUAUCCAAUAACCUUUAUUUUAAGCAUAAGGAGCUAAAAUAUUUAAAGGAGAAUUGCGAAAUCAUUUAAGCAUAGACUUAAAGAAAUUAUUUAGAUAAAGAGGAGGUUUAAUUUUGGAAGAAAAUUUAAAAUUUUCAUAACAUAGAGAUUAAAAUUGAAUAUUAAAGUUGGAUUAUAUAUAUAAUUAUGAAUAGUAACUUUAAUUUCUACUUUUUAUUAAGAAAAUGGAAACUAUUAAAAGCAAUUUCCAAAAUUUUAUUCAUUAUAUGUAACAAGCUUUUUCGUUUUUUUAUAAGUUAGGUUUAGACUUCUUAUUCAGAAUCUAGAGUAUACCUUAUAGAUACCGAGUUUAUAUUUUAUAUCUCCAUUUAGCUUUGA